AAAAGUGGUAAAGGCCACUAAAACAAAUAUUUACAUAUGUCACAAACCUUCUUCUCUACUUUUUGUUCCGUAUUUCGAAUUUUUUGUAUUGUUGAUUAGGGCAUGAACAAGUCCGAAGAUGAACACUCAUCGGGAAUGGGUCAUAGCCAUAAUUUGGACCCUUCUCUAUUUAACAGCUAUGCCGCUACAGACGAGCCUAUAGGGCUUAUUAUGGCACUUCAUAUUACCUUUAUGGUGACAGCAUUUGGAAUUUUAUAUCCACUGGGUAUGGUACUUGGUUUAGCCAAGAAUCGAUGGCAUGUACCCGUUCAAGUAUUAGGAACCGCUUUAUUUGUCAUUGGACUAUUUCUAGCGCACGCACAUAAUGGUCGCAAUUAUGAACCGCAUAUUGCUCAUCGUUGGUUUGCCAAUAUUGUCAUUUGGACAGUCAUCCUGCAAGUUGUAAUAGGCGCAUUUUUGAAACUGCACCUUGAACGAGGCAUUUACGGAAAAAUACGGCCAGUGAUAAGUAAAAUUCAUAAAGUAAUGGGGGCAUCAAUACCUGUUAUAGGCUACGUACAGAUUGUAUUAGGAGUUAUUGCUUCCGUUGGAUUUUGUUAUGGGGAUCAUACUGGGCAAUGUUUAGCACACUUUAUAAUGGGUUCUUCGUUUGUGGCUUAUGGAAUUUUAUUAUUAAUGAUGUUGCGCGUAGGUGGACCAUGGCUCUUGAGGAAUGGCAAAAGUCAAGAAUGGUAUGACAGCUGGGUUAUUAUGCUAUGGGGUAUUGUGAAUACAUUCACCGAGCACAGAUGGGGACAGCCAUGGAAUCAUGGGGAUUAUCAACACACAUCUAUGGGUAUUAUAUGGUGGGCAGCAGGAUUAUUGGGCAUUGUUCUUAGUCGCAAUGGUAAACGAAGUGUGAUACCCUCUGUAUUAAUCAUCUUGACCGCGGUUUCAUUCCAAGGGCAUGCUCAACAUGUACCCAACAGUGGCAUUAUUCAUUCAUACUUUGGAUAUAUGCUGGCCGCAGGUGGAUUGAGUAGGAUUAUUGAAAUUUGUUUUGUUUGGAAGGAAAAUAAUGUUCGGGACAUAGCACCCUUCCAAUACCUACCACCACUAACGUUAAUGUUAUCAGGACUGUUAUUCAUGGGCUCUACAGAAGAACAGCUCAAUUUACUGAAUGUUAUCGGUGUAGACGUGAUGUCUUAUAGUAACGUCCUCUUAACUUUUGGAUUUGUUGUAUUUACUGCUGCAUUCUCUUUGAUCUAUCUUUGGGAAUAUUUAACGGACUAUGGUGAUUCAGCUAAACAAAAUAGAGGGUAUGCCGAAGUGUAUAAUGGCGAUGCUAUCCUCAGCGCUUCUUCAGCUUUCUUGGACGACGACGAUGAGGUAUACAACAAUAGCAGCGAACAUGAUGUUGUAGAAAUGAAAACUACAACUACAAGAAACAAUGAACCUCAUCAUACCGCAGUGGUAUCCGCCAAUGUAGCUUAGCAUCACUUCUAUUCGUACUUUUUUUUUUAUUAUUCAU